GUUUACCAGACAUCGCGAGGUUUGCCGUGUCUCCUGUUUGCUGCUGGUGUAAGAUGGCGUCUGUGUCCGGUACUGGAGUAUAGAGUUGAGCAGUAUUUGUAGUCUGUCAAGUUGCCUUAAGGAAAGAAGCUCCGAAAAUGUUGUGCCAUAAUGAGCUAUGAAGACUAUUCCCAGUAUCGUGCUGCCUGAGUGAUUUGUUAUUGGCUGUAGCUUUUUUCUUGGGAGUAGGAGACGAUUGUUUUUAAACGAAGAAGAAAAUGAAAGUAGACCGAACAAAACUGAAGAAAACUCCCACAGAGGCUCCUGCGGACUGCAAAGCCUUGAUUGACAAACUAAAAGCCUGCAAUGAUGAACAACUGCUACAGGAACUUCAACGCAUUAAAACAUGGAACAUUGGAAAGUGCGAGUUGUACCAUUGGGUGGAUUUGUUGGAUCGUUUCGAUGGAAUACUUUCUGAUGCAGGCCAGACAGUCGAGAACACAUCAUGGAUGCUAGUGUGUGACCAAUUAGAUCGAGAGCCUCUCAAGUCUUUGCUUUUGUCUGUACUGAACUUCACAGCUUUGCUAAUAGAGUACAGCUUCUCAAGACACCUCUACAGCUCUAUUGAGCACUUGACAACAUUACUAGCAUCAUCGGAUAUGCAAGUGGUACUAGCUGUGUUGAAUUUGCUGUACGUGUUUAGCAAAAGAUCAAACUACAUUACCAGAUUGGGUUCAGAUAAAAGAACCCCUCUGCUUUCUCGACUGCAACACUUAGCGGAGAGUUGGGGUGGCAAGGAGAAUGGCUUUGGCCUGGCAGAAUGCUGUCGAGACCUGCAACUGUUGAAAUACCCUCCUAGUGCAACCACACUACACUUUGAAUUCUAUGCAGAUCCUGGCUCCGAGGUGAAAGUAGAGAAGAAGACAAGCAGCAACACACUACAUUAUAUCCACAUUGAACAGCUAGAUAAGAUUGCUGAAAGCCCAGCUGAAAUCAUGGAGUCGUUAACCAAAAUGUACAGUAUCCCUAAAGAUAAACAGAUGCUGCUCUUUACACACAUACGUCUUGCCCAUGGAUUUUCUAAUCAUAAAAAGCGGCUUCAAGCUGUUCAGGCUCGGCUACAUGCAAUAUCAAUAUUGGUGUAUUCUAAUGCCUUGCAAGAAUCUGCCAACAGUAUUCUUUACAAUGGGCUAAUUGAAGAGUUGGUAGAUGUGCUGCAGAUAACUGACAAACCACUGAUGGACAUCAAGGCAGCCUCUUUAAGAACUUUGACAUCCAUUGUGCACUUGGAGAGGACUCCAAAACUUAGCAGCAUUAUUGACUGCACUGGUACUGCCUCUUACCAUGGCUUUUUGCCAGUUCUGGUCCGAAAUUGCAUCCAGGCUAUGAUUGAUCCUACAUUGGAACCCUAUCCUCAUCAGUUUGCAACUGCACUUUUCUCUUUCCUGUAUCAUCUUGCUAGCUAUGAUGCCGGUGGGGAAGCUCUGGUGUCAUGUGGCAUGAUGGAAGCUUUAUUGAAGGUAAUAAAGUUCCUGGGAGAUGAGCAGGACCAGAUCACAUUUGUGACUAGAGCUGUUCGGGUGGUGGACCUAAUAACCAACCUGGAUAUGGCUGCAUUCCAGUCUCAUGGUGGGCUGUCUAUUUUCAUUCUUAGACUGGAGCAUGAAGUUGACUUGUGCAGAAAAGAGUGCCCUUUUGUGAUCAAGCCAAAAAUUCAGAGGCCAGGCACAAUUCAGGAAGGUGAGGAAAUGGAGACAGAUGUGGAAGGUGCACAGUGCAUUCCACAGCGAGCAGCUCUACUUAAGUCCAUGUUGAAUUUCCUCAAAAAGGCAAUCCAAGAUCCUGCAUUCUCUGAUGGCAUCCGACAUGUAAUGGAUGGCUCACUCCCUACCUCAUUGAAGCAUGUUAUCAGCAAUGCAGAGUAUUAUGGUCCUUCUCUUUUUCUGCUAGCUACUGAAGUGGUGACUGUGUUUGUCUUUCAAGAGCCUUCACUUUUGUCCUCUCUUCAGGACAAUGGAUUGACAGAUGUUAUGCUGCAUGCUCUUUUGAUAAAAGAUGUUCCUGCCACUCGAGAGGUCCUGGGUUCCCUUCCAAAUGUUUUUAGUGCACUAUGUUUGAAUGCACGAGGACUGCAGUCAUUUGUGCAGUGCCAUCCAUUUGAACGCCUUUUCAAGGUUCUACUUUCACCAGAUUACUUGCCAGCAAUGAGGAGGCGGCGAAGCUCUGACCCACUUGGGGACACUGCAUCAAAUCUAGGCAGUGCUGUUGAUGAACUUAUGAGACAUCAACCAACUCUGAAGACCGAUGCCACUGCUGCUAUUAUUAAGCUGCUUGAAGAAAUCUGUAACCUUGGCAGAGAUCCUAGAUAUAUUUGUCAGAAGCCUUCCAUCCAGAAGGCAGAUGGAACAGCUACUGCCCCGCCACCACGAUCAAAUCAUGCAGCAGAGGAAGCAUCAAGUGAAGACGAAGAGGAGGAGGAGGUGCAGGCAAUGCAGAGCUUCAGUACACCUCAACCGAAUGAUCCUGAACCUAGCCAGCAAGUUGUUGGCACUGAAGAAAGGAUUCCUAUACCUUUGAUGGAUUACAUCUUGAAUGUGAUGAAGUUUGUGGAAUCCAUUCUUAGCAACAACACAACAGAUGAUCACUGUCAGGAGUUUGUAACCCAGAAAGGACUGCUGCCUCUUGUCUCCAUUCUUGGCCUGCCAAAUUUGCCAAUAGAUUUUCCUACGUCUGCAGCUUGCCAGGCAGUGGCAGGUGUAUGUAAAUCUAUUUUGACUUUAUCACAUGAGCCUAAAGUUUUGCAAGAAGGCCUUCUGCAGCUUGAUGGUAUACUUUCAUCUUUAGAACCUUUGCAUCGCCCUAUUGAGUCACCUGGUGGAUCAGUGUUGCUUCGAGAGCUAGCCAGUGCAGGAAAUGUAACAGAUGCAACUCUUUCAGCUCAAGCAACACCACUUCUUCAUGCUCUCACUGCAGCGCAUGCAUACAUUAUGAUGUUUGUGCAUACCUGCAGGGUUGGUCAGAGUGAAAUCAGAGCAAUAUCUGUGAAUCAGUGGGGCUCUCAAUUGGGAUUAAAUGUACUGAGCAAGCUGAGUCAACUUUACUGCUCUUUGGUGUGGGAAAGCACUGUACUGCUGUCACUUUGUACACCUAACAGUUUGCCACCAGGAUGCGAAUUUGGUCAAAUGGAUAUGCAGAAAUUGGUGCCCAAGGAGGAAAGAUUGUCUGGUACUACCGCAGCAGCACCAAAGAAAGCAGAGGGCGAGUCUGAAGGAGCUGGAACAAGUGCAGACACCUCUGCACAAGCCCUUUUAGAAGGUAUUGGUCUUGAUGUAGAAACGCUUGCCCCAAUGGAAACUGAUGAACCGAGCAGUUCAGACACAAAAGGGAAAUCUAAAAUCACUCCUGCAAUGGCGGCUAGAAUCAAACAAAUUAAACCACUGCUUUCAGCUUCUUCUCGAUUGGGUCGAGCAUUGGCUGAACUGUUUGGGCUUCUUGUCAAGCUUUGUGUUGGGUCACCUGUGCGCCAAAGGAGAAGUCAUCAUGCAGCCAGUACCACCACAGCACCAACGCCUGCUGCAAGAUCCACAGCAUCUGCCCUUACCAAGCUCCUUACCAAAGGCUUGUCUUGGCAACCUCCUCCAUACACCCCCACUCCAAGGUUCAGGUUAACAUUUUUCAUUUGUUCAGUGGGAUUUACAUCACCAAUGCUGUUUGAUGAGAGGAAGUACCCAUACCAUCUAAUGCUGCAGAAGUUCCUUUGCUCCGGUGGUCAUAAUGCCUUGUUUGAAACAUUUAAUUGGGCUUUAUCUAUGGGAGGAAAAGUUCCUGUGCCUGAAGGGUUGGAGCAUCCAGAGCUUCCAGAUGGUACUGGUGAAUUUCUUGACGCCUGGCUUAUGUUGGUAGAAAAGAUGGUAAAUCCUACAACUGUUCUUGAAUCGCCACAUUCCCUUCCAGUCAAGCUACCAGGUGGACAGAAUGUGGCACAGUUCAGUGCACUGCGGUUUUUGGUAGUUACUCAGAAGGCAUCUUUUUCAUGUAUUCGCAACCUUUGGAAUCGCAAGCCUUUGAAGGUGUAUGGGGGGCGAAUGGCUGAAUCAAUGCUUGCUAUCCUUUGCCACAUUCUUCGUGGCGAGCCUAUAAUUCGAGAGCGACUUUCCAAAGAGAAAGAAGGUAGUCGUGAAGAGGAUACUGGACAAGAGGAUAGUGCUUCUAGAAGGGAUUCCCAAGUUAACCAACACCUUCAACAGUUGAUUGACAUGGGUUUCACAAGAGAACAUGCAAUAGAGGCACUUCUGAACACAAGCACUGUGGAGCAGGCUACUGAGUAUCUUCUAACCCAUCCUCCUCCACUUUUGAGUGGUGUGGUGAGGUUGUUUGAGGAACUGAAACUCCCAUGUGCAAGAAUUGUAGAGACCAGUGAGAUUCUGAAUAUCCUCAUUAAACUUCUGGAAGUGGUACAACCAUGUCUUCAAGCUGCAAAAGAACAGAAGGAGGUGCAGACUCCAAAGUGGAUCACCCCAGUCCUGCUUUUAAUUGACUUUUAUGAAAAGAUGGCUGUCUGUUCAAAGAGAAGAUCACAAAUGAACAGGUUUCUGCAGCCAAAUGGGAAUAAUUGGCGUUGGUUUGAUGAUCGGUCAGGUCGCUGGUGUAGUUAUAGUGCUAGUAACAACAGCACAAUUGACGCAGCUUGGAGAGCGGGAGAAACUAGUGUGAGAUUUACUGCAGGACGCAGGAGGUACACUGUCCAGUUCACUACUAUGGUGCAGGUUAAUGAAGAGACCGGCAACAGGCGUCCUGUUAUGUUGACAUUGCUACGUGUACCUCGCUUAAAUAAAAGUUUAAAAAAUGGUAGUGGUCAAGACCUGGAUAAAACACUGGAAGAGAGUAAAGAGGUAGAACAUAAAGAUGACAAAGGAAGUUCAGAUACCAUGCCUCUUACUGAAGACAGCUGUGAAGAGAAGGAUUCAAACUGUGAAGAUAAUAAACUGAAUGAGAUUGUUAUCCAAGGACUUAGUGAAGAGAUGAUUACAGUCUUGAUCCGGUCCUGUGUCAGCAUGAUUGGUGUGCCUGUAGAUCCUGACACAUUACAUGCCACACUGCGUCUGUGUUUGCGUCUUACACGAAAUCAUAAGUAUGCAAUGAUGUUUGCAGAGUUAAAAAGUACACGCAUGAUUCUGAAUUUAACUCAAAGUUCUGGAUUUAAUGGCUUUACACCCCUCGUCACUCUGCUUUUCCGUCACAUUAUUGAGGAACCCUGCACCUUAAAGCACACCAUGGAAAAGGUUGUGAGAUCUGCAGCAACCAGUGGAGCAGGGAGUACAACAUCUGGUGUGGUAUCAGGCAGUCUUGGUUCAAGGGAGAUAAAUUACAUUCUUCGUGUGUUAGGUCCUGCUGCCUGUCGUAAUCCAGAAAUAUUCAUGGAGGUUGCCAACAGUUGUAUUCGUAUCGCCUUACCUGCACCUCGUGGGUCUGGAACAGCUUCAGAUGAUGAAUUUGAGAACCUUCGAAUUAAGGGUCCAAAUGCAGUACAGCUAGUUAAAACAACACCUGUGAAACAGUCUCCGCUGCCUAGCAUCCCUGAUACCAUUAAAGAUGUUAUCUAUGAUUUGUUGAAUGCCUUGGCUGCCUACCAUGCACCAGAUGAAGAUAAAGUGGAUGCAAGAUCAAACAAUGUCAAUCAGGAAAUGGGUCAGAUUCUUCAAGAUUUAGGCGAUGAUGUUUACCAGCAGUAUCGUUCUCUGACACGUCAGGGAAGUGACUUUGACUCUCAACCAGGUUUUUCCAUCAAUGACUGUAGUGUGUUAGCAUUUGUGCUGGACCAUCUCCUUCCUCAUACCCAGAAUUCAGAAGAUAAGGAUACUCCAGCACUGGCAAGGCUCUUUCUUGCCAGUUUGGCAGCAGCAGGAAGUGGCACUGAGGCCCAGGUCUCUCUCGUUAAUGAAGUGAAGGCCGCUCUGGGGAGAGCCCUAGCUAUGACAGAGAGCACAGAGAAGCAUGCAAGGUUGCAAGCAGUCAUGUGCAUUAUUAGCACCAUCAUGGAAUCUUGCCCUUCAGCAUCUAGUUUCUACAGUAAUUCUACCUCAAAAACGCAGCAUAAUGGCAUGAACAACAUUAUUAGACUUUUUUUGAAAAAAGGCCUUGUUAAUGACUUGGCUAGAGUACCACACAGUCUCGACUUGUCCAGCCCCAACAUGGCUAACACUGUAAAUGCGGCUCUAAAACCCCUUGAGACUCUCUCCCGCAUUGUCAACCAACCUAGCAGCCUUUUCAGCAGCAAAAGCACCUCCAGCAAAACAAAGUCUGAACAGGAAUCCCAGGGAAAUGGUCAGGAGUCCAACAACAGCCAACAAGAAUCUGCUGAUACAGGGGAGGUAAUUGCACAGGAGGAAGACCAUGACACAAACCAAACGGGCAUUCCUGACGCUGAUAUCAUGGAUGGAGAAGCAGAAGCAGAUGCUGUGGUUAUAGCUGGACAGCCAGAAGUGCUAAAUGCUCAAGCAAUGCAGGUGGAGAAUGAGUUAGAGGACCUGCUCGAUGAACUGCUGGAAACUGAUGUAGGAACGGUUAACAGCACUAUUAUUGUAAGCCGAAGUGGAGAGGAUGAAUCCCAGGAAGAUGUGUUGAUGGAUGAAGCACCGUCCAACCUCAGCCAGGCCUCUACGCUGCAGGCCAACAGAGAAGACUCCAUGAAUAUAUUGGAUCCAGAAGAUGAGGAGGAGCACACACAAGAGGAAGACAGCAGUGGUAGCAAUGAAGAUGACGAUGAUAGCCAGGAUGAAGAGGAGGAGGAAGAAGAGGAAGACGAAGAUGACCAGGCUCUUCGCCCCUGUGAUGUAAUGUGUAAUCUGAUUGGGCCACAGGAUGAUGAAGAGGGGGAAGAAGGUGAUGAAGAAGAUGAUGAUGAUGGCUCCGAGAUGGAACUAGAUGAAGAUUAUCCUGACAUGAAUGCCUCGCCUCUAGUCCGAUUUGAGCGUUUUGACCGGGAGGAUGAUCUGAUUAUUGAAUUUGACAACAUGUUUUCCAGUGCAACUGAUAUUCCACCGUCGCCAGGCAACAUUCCUGCUACUCACCCUCUUAUGGUGAGGCAUGCUGACCAUGGCUCUUUAACCCUUGGCUCAGGUUCUUCUAACACUCGAUUGGCUCAGGGGAUUGGUCGUAGUCAGAGGACAUUAAGGCAGUUAACAGCCAACACUGGGCAUACGAUUCAUGUGCAUUAUCCUGGAAAUAGACAGCCCAAUCCUCCUCUUAUUCUCCAAAGAUUGCUUGGCCCCUCAGCUGCUGCUGACAUACUGCAGCUGAGCAGCAGUUUGCCCUUGCAGAGUCGGGGUCGAGCACGACUGUUGGUCGGAAAUGAUGAUGUGCACAUAAUUGCUCGUUCUGAUGAUGAAUUACUUGAUGAUUUCUUUCAUGAUCAGAGCACCGCCAGUAGCCAAGCAGGAACACUGUCAAGUAUUCCAACUGCAUUGACUCGAUGGACAGAGGAAUGUAAAGUACUGGAUGCUGAAAGUAUGCAUGACUGCGUUGCAGUGGUGAAGGUACCAAUCAUUAACCAUCUGGAAAGUCUUAGAGAUGAGGAAUUAGAAGAGAGGCGGGAAAAACGCAGAAAGCAGCUGGCAGAGGAGGAGGAAGCCAAAGUCGCAGAAAAAGAUAAAGAGCAAAGUUCACAGGUCACAGCUCUUCAAACAAACAACUCAUCAGAGCAGAAUCUGUCAGAUCAGACUCAUACUGGCCUGGACAUUCCUAGAUCUGAAAGCUUUCCCACUGCCCCAGCAUCUGCUGAUGGAACUCCAACUGCUACUGAAGCUCAGACUUUGGUUACCUUGACAACUUCUGACCAACAGCUUAUAGGGGAGGCUUCUCAGGCAGCUGAGAUCCAGCCAAUAGCAGAUAUCUCUGGACAGCUUCAGGUUCCAGUAGAACAGCAGUCAACCGAAGGAAGCACUAGAACAGAAACUGAAGCAACUCAAAUGGAGAUGUCACCAGCUCCCACAGUAGCAUCCCAGUCCCCUGAGAGAGUAGAGGGAUCAGAAGCUGCAACUGCAGUGAGCAGUCAGUUGGAGGGGUCUCCAAUGGACACCAGCAGUCCAGCAUCUGGCACACAAGAGGAAGUAACAGCAGAGAAUGGUCAUGCCGAAGGCAUUGUGCAGAGUGGUGUUAUUAGUGUUGUCUCAGAAGCUGAGGAGCAAAGUAGUGAGGCACAGAUAACUACUGAGGAGAAGAGUGAUCCAUCAAGGUUGGAAGAGCAAAGAUCAUCUGUAGCUCCACCUCCUGGAAAUGUGGUUGGGCAAGAUGCUCCUUCUGUUUCUGCUGGAGUAGAUUCUAGGGGCAUUCUAGAAGAGCCCCUCCCAUCAACAAGUGGUGAGGAAGAAGACCCCCUUGCUGGUAUAAACCUUCCAGAAGGUGUAGAUCCAUCAUUCCUUGCAGCACUUCCUGAUGAUAUUAGGCGUGAAGUUCUACAGAACCAACUGGGUAUUCGUCCCCCAGCUAGAGCUGCUCAGACACCUCCCACAGUUACACCUGCUUUGCUAACAAGUGCUGGACUAACUGAAGUUAGUCCUGAAUUUCUAGCUGCAUUGCCUCCAGCAAUCCAGGAAGAGGUAUUAGCUCAGCAGAGAGCAGAGCAGCAGAGAAGGGAUUUGGCACAGACUACCAGUACAGAGAAUCCCAUGGAUCCUGUCACUUUUAUUCAAACAUUGCCUUCAGACUUGCGACGCAGUGUGUUGGAAGAUAUGGAAGAUAGUGUGCUGGCAGUAAUGCCACCCGACAUUGCAGCAGAGGCACAGACAUUACGAAGAGAGCAGGAAGCACGACAGAGACAGUUGAUGCAUGAGAGACUCUUUGGUCAUAGCAGCACCUCUGCUCUCUCGGCUAUACUAAGGAGUCCAGCUUUCACAAGUCGCUUAAGUGGAAACCGUGGUGUCCAGUAUACUCGCUUGGCAGUGCAAAGAGGAGGAACAUUCCAAAUGGGUGGUAGCAGUGGCCACAGCAGAGCAUCAGUUGGUAAUGUGGACAGCCUUCUUCGCCUACGUGGAAGGCUUCUUCUUGACCAUGAGGCCCUCUCAUGUCUUCUGGUCCUCCUGUUUGUUGAUGAACCUAAGCUGAACACUAGUCGUUUGCAUCGUGUUCUACGUAAUUUGUGUUAUCACACGCAGACUCGCCACUGGGUGAUACGUAGUCUACUGUCUAUUCUGCAGCGGAGCAGUGAAAGUGAGCUAUGCAUUGAGACUCCAAAGCCUGUGUCUGUUGAAGAGAGGGGGAAAAAAGCUGCCAAGUGGUGUUCUUCGGUGGGCCCUGAAAAGCGGCCUUUGGACCUUCUGCACAAACUAGAGUCAAGGAGCUUUAGUCAGCUUUCCUGGCUUUCUGUCUCUAUGGACGCUGCUCUAGGCUGCAGGACUAACAUAUUUCAAAUCCAAAGAGCAAGUGGAAGGAAACAUACAGAGAAGCACCCAAGCUGUGGCUCUACAGUUCACAUCCAUCCACAAGCUGCCCCUGUUGUAUGCAGACAUGUUUUGGAUACCCUUAUUCAGCUAGCAAAGGUGUUUCCUAGCCAUUUCACACAGCAGAGGACCAAAGAAUUGAACAAUGAAGGAGACAAAGAAAGAACUAGUAAACCUUUACCUGGUAGUCCCUGUCCAAGCCAGUCCAGCAAUAUAGGGACAUCUGGUAUUUCUACAGACUUUUGGGACUUGCUUGUAAAGCUGGAUAAUAUGAAUGUCAGUCGAAAAGGCAAAACUUCCAUCAAAUCAGCUCCGUUGAAUUUUACUGCAGAGGGGGAAACUGGGCAUGGCAGCCUUGAGGCCUCUCCCCUAGGACAGCUUAUGAAUAUGUUGUCUCAUCCUGUGAUUCGACGUAGUUCUCUGCUAACAGAAAAGCUGCUAAGGCUUCUUUCUCUCAUCUCAAUUGCACUGCCUGAGAAUAAGGCCACAGAGGUGGCUGUGAAUCACAAUGCUACAGCAGGCGCCCCUGCUGCCACAACAGGCACCACCACCUCCACCACCACAGUCACUACAAAUUCCAUUACAUGUGCAACUGUAAGUUCAGAAUUUUUCAUACUUCAUUUUGAUAUUAAGCAUCAUGAAAUAUUUUCCUCCUGUAUUUUGAUUAUUAAUUUGACAAAUAAUCGAUAUGAAUUUAGUAGAACAUUCACAAGCAUAGCACAACAAAUGCAGAAAUUGAAGUCAACUAAAAUUAAGAAACUAGAAAGGGACUUAAAAGCAUACAAGGAAGGUUAUGCGUAUCCUAAACCACCAAGUUCACAGAACUAUGGGAAUAGAAAUAGAACGAAUAACAACCGUGAGAUUGGACAAGAACAAAGGAUGGUUCCUAACAGAAGGAACAGUACUGUGAGAAAUGAAGACACACGCCACAGUGCAGAUUUCAUUAAUGAAAAUAUAGAAGGGGUCUUUAACGAUGAAGGAAGCGAACACCUGAAACGUAUAGAUGAAAGUGUGCGUGAAUAUGUUGCUGAGCUGAGCACUUAUUUCCAUAGGUGGUCGGAUACUAACCAACCUGAAGGUGCAGCACGUCGGGAAGAAUCUCCUAUGGAUGUGGAUCAGCCGUCACCAGUGGCGCAUGGAAAUGAUGAACAGCCAGUUGCGUCUGAGAGCUCCCAGGCUGCCAUAGAGAAGGAAAAAGAGGAGAAGCCCCCUGAGUUACCCUUGCUAAGUGAGCAGCUGAGUCUUGAUGAACUCUGGGACAUGCUUGGGGAGUGUUUGAAGGAGUUAGAGGAAUCUCAUGACCAGCACGCAGUACUGGUGUUGCAACCUGCUGUGGAAGCCUUCUUCCUUGUACAUGCCACAGAACGGGAAAGCAAACAAUCAACACGGGACAGUAGGGAGAAUCAGCUGUCUCACAUAAAGGAUGAGCCUCUACCUUUGUCUCCUGCUCCACUGACCCCAGCCACUCCUUCCUCAGUCGAUCCAUUCUUCUCCAGGGAACCAUCAUGUAUGCACAUCUCCUCAAGUCUUCCUCCUGACACCCAGAAGUUUUUAAGAUUUGCUGAAACUCAUCGGACUGUGUUGAACCAGAUCCUUCGACAGUCUACUACACACUUGGCUGAUGGUCCCUUUGCAGUUCUUGUUGAUUAUAUCCGGGUCUUGGACUUUGAUGUCAAACGCAAGUAUUUCCGUCAGGAACUGGAGCGUUUAGAUGAAGGACUGCGAAAGGAAGAUAUGGCUGUCCAUGUACGACGAGACCACGUUUUUGAAGACUCAUACAGAGAGUUGCACCGAAAGUCACCAGAAGAAAUGAAGAACAGACUAUACAUAGUAUUUGAAGGAGAAGAGGGCCAAGAUGCAGGAGGACUCUUAAGAGAGUGGUACAUGAUCAUCUCUCGAGAAAUGUUUAACCCUAUGUAUGCCUUGUUUCGGACAUCGCCUGGUGAUCGGGUUACUUACACUAUCAAUCCUUCUUCACACUGCAACCCCAACCACCUCAGCUAUUUCAAGUUUGUGGGACGUAUUGUAGCAAAAGCUGUGUAUGACAACAGACUUUUGGAGUGCUACUUCACUAGGUCUUUCUACAAACAUAUCCUUGGCAAGUCUGUCAGAUAUACAGACAUGGAGAGUGAAGAUUAUCAUUUUUAUCAAGGCCUUGUGUACCUGUUGGAAAAUGAUGUCUCAACUUUAGGCUACGAUCUCUCCUUCAGCACUGAGGUUCAGGAGUUUGGCGUGUGUGAGGUUCGGGACCUUAAACCUAAUGGUGCAAACAUUUUGGUGACAGAAGAGAACAAGAAGGAAUAUGUUCAUCUCGUUUGUCAGAUGAAAAUGACUGGUGCAAUACGCAAGCAACUGGCAGCCUUCUUGGAGGGUUUUUAUGAGAUUAUUCCAAAGCGGCUGAUCUCAAUUUUCACAGAACAGGAACUGGAACUACUGAUUUCAGGCCUGCCUACAAUUGACAUUGAUGACCUGAAGUCCAACACAGAAUAUCACAAAUAUCAAUCAAACUCUAUACAGGGUGUUCUUCCUUAA